AUGGAUGUGCUUAGUGUGGAAAAGAAGAAGAAGAAGAAGAAAAAGAAAAGCAUGGGGAGAAGAAAGAUUGAGAUCAAGAAGAUUGAGAAUUUGGUUAGCAGACAAGCAACCUUCUCCAAGAGACAAAAGGAGUUGUUCAAGAAAGCCAAAGAACUCUCUAUUCUUUGUGAUGCGGAAGUUGCUGUCAUCAUAUUCUCUAACACUGACAACCUCUACGAGUUUUCAAGCACAAGCAUGGAAGAGACUCUUUCACGGUAUGGUAGAAGAAGCACUGAUUUGAAUAGAGAAGUGCAACAUCAGCCUAGUGAUCAGUCUCAAGCACAAGUUGUGAAGGUUGAUACUAUCAUUUCGCAGAAGAAAAAGGCUAGGAGAGAAAUUAAAGCUCCGCGUAAGCAAGUUGAUGAGAUAGAUAAUAAAAGAAAGUCAGAGUUGGCUGAGGAGAUUCCAGAUACUUCCUCGCAGUUAGGGUUGUCGUCGCCAGUUUAUCGCAGAUCAUUGAGGAUGAGAGCUUGCAAUCAGUAG